AUGGCUUCAGAUAGGGCUAGGAAGCUUAUCAGUUUAGCUCUUAAUACAGAACAACAUGGCGAUUCUCUUACUACGCGUCAAGAAUUAUUGCUUAAUAAGGGAAAUACCAUUAUUAACAAUAAUUUUGAUGCUGAUCAGAAUAGUAGAUACACGAAUACAUUAAACAAUGUUAUCAAUAUGAUGGACAAUCCUACUGAAUCUAGUUUAAAUGUACCGUUAGAAGAUUACAUUGAACAUUACUCGCUAGUAGAAAAUGCACAGAUUGAAAUAGUUGAUGUUCCUGAUUUUUUACUACAUUUGACGUACCUAGUGAAAAUGCAAACAUAA